AUGAAAAUGGACAGUCAGGAGAUCUCAGAUGCCACCAAAUCCUCCACCCCAUAUCCAUUGUUUCUUCCUGUAACUUAUCAGGUUUGGGAUGCUGACUACUUCUUGCUAAAAGAGGCCGGCCAGGACAUCAUGCGCAACUCCAGCAUGCAGAGCCAUACACAGCCAUUUGUUGUGCUCAAAGCGCAGCGUCUCCCAGUUAUCAAUGCCAGCUACGGCCAACUCUCUACCAAACAGGAGAUUCCCCUGGAUCUAGUGCAGUCAGUUCAGUUAUUCCGACCUUCACCACCAGUUUUCUCCCUGAACUGGAGAGUCCAAUCUUUUGUCCUGACUAGGUGGGUCUAUUCAUCCUCUCCCAAAGUGCGAGUUUUGUUUUAUGUGGCUGGGAGAGACUGGGAUAGAGGAGAAAAGGAGAAAGGAACAAAAGACGAGCUGCCGUGCGUGACUGUAUAUGCCUUCUGGCAGACCCAAGAGGUCCGUGGCUCCUGUGUAAUUGGAAAUGAUCAUGGGACCUGCAUGGCAGAGGUUGACGCUCCUGCUAGUUGGUUUAACCAGGUUGAUGGCAGUUCCAGUCGGGAAAGACUUGGACCGACUCAGGGGAAUCCUGUGGAGCUAUAUUACCAAGCCCGACCUAGUGCUUAUGGACCAUGCACGGCUAGUGGAGAAGAGAGCAAAAGAUGGGAUUUGGGUGGGGGGAAUGCUGGCCAGCCCCAAGCUGAAUACAUGCCAGUGACCCCCAUGCAAAGGAUCGGGAGUGUUCGGCUCCUGCAAGUCAAACAGGGGGCCAUGCCAGUGUCUGUGCUCAGACUGAGAGAAGCUGUGGUCAUCCAGACCUCCUCUAAACCGCUUAAAAAGACUGAUAUAGCCUCCUUUUAUGUUUACGUGAAGAACUCUGCAAACCUAGACACCUUCUCCCUCAGAGCCAUGGUAAAAAAGGGUGUGUCCUUCCAAACAGCCACACCUAGCAACACGUUGCUAUGGGAUAUCACCCUAGACACAGGCCCAGAUGGAAGCGUUGGAGUGAUCUGCCAGAGAAAGUCAACAGCGAACGUAAAAAGCAAACUCCAAGCAGUUCUUCAGAUGGAUUUUGAAGUGGAGGAUGUGAGCAGUCAAUCAGAGAUUCAGAUGAUUAAGUGGGAACUGACUCUUCCGGAUGAAGUCAAAAUGAUGGGGGCGUCUGAAGGCACAAUGAGAAUCUACACCACUCAGAGGGACUUUGUUGGCUUGGCUCCUCUAGUUAUGGAUACAGAGCUGCUGAACACUGCAGUGCUGACUGGUAAGAGGGUUACGGUGGCAGUGAGAACCAUUGCUGUGGAACAAGACGGUUCUGUGACGGACGUCUCGGACUUUGUGGACUGCAGCUCCACUGAUGAAAAUGUUCUUAAGGUGUCCGACAGAUGUGACUUUGUUUACGUGAAUGGAAAAGAAAGCCAGGGUCGAUUAAGGAUGCUGGUGAACUUCACCUACAGUUACCUGAGCGCUCAGCUGGAGAUGAAGGUUUGGUUCCCUCGUCUGCCACUGGAUAUCGAGGUGUCUGAUUCAGAACUGAGUCCCAUCAAGAGCUGGAGGAUCCCCAUUAUGUCCACCAAGAGUAAAGCAGGCUGGAGCAGUGAAGAAGAGCGCAAAGGCCGUGGCUGUAUGCUGCAGUUCCAGCAUGCUCUGAUUCGAGUCCUCACACACUUUGUGGCAGAGCAAUCAGACCCUCGGGAGCCGCAGGCCUUCUUUCUGGGCUCUGAUUGGCAAGUGGAUGUGACCAGGCUGGUGCGGUACUUUCUGAAGGUGGAGGACCCUAAUGUUGUCCGUCUGCAGGCAGGCAGAGUGCUGUCAGGACAAGAUGUGGGCACCACUACUAUAAAGGUCCUUUCCCCGCUGUCAGACUCCAUCCUGGCAGAGAGGACAGUGAAAGUUGUGGAAGAAAGAGUGACCAUCACUGAACUGGGCCUGCAGUUGAUCAGUGGUCUCACACUCAACCUUCAGCUCAACACUGGAAGUAAUCGAGUCAUUAGUGCCACAGCAACCACACAGGAAGUUCUCAGCAAUCCUAAACAGGAAGCGGUGUUGAGCUCCUGGCUACAAUUUAGCGAUGGCUCCCUCACCCCACUGGACAUUUAUGACCCUGCUCACUACCGUCUGACUGUGACCUCAUUGGACGAGGGUGUGAUCUCUGUGCAGGACUCGUCUAUGACUGUUGUGGCAGAAGGUGAAGGGCAAGGAACGCUGGUAAGAGCCGAGAUGACUAUUUGUGAGGUCUGUCAGAAAUCCAAGCGCAAAAGCACUUUAGCUGUGGGCAGUGGGAGCUUGACGGUAAAGUUCCAGGCAAACAGCAGACGUCCUGAAAACAGCAGCGCCAACAAUAAUAGCACCGCAAACAGCACAGGACUCAGUUCGGGUGUCUCUGGGAAGGAAAACAGCAGCGAGCGUGAAGAUGAACGUGAGGAGGUGGACUCUGAGAAGAAGCUGCAGCUUCCAGAACAGGUUUCCAGUAGAAAUUCAGAGUCUGAGCGAGAGGAAAGUGCCUUGACGAAGAUUACCACCACAGUCAAGUCCACAUCGAGAGAAUCAACCAUUGUGAGCAUCGCCAAUGAUUUAGGAGUGGAGCGAGCUAACGAUGCCUCGGCUGGAGUCAGUAAACCUGGGAAUAUUCUAAACAGUGGAAAUUUCUUCAGUACGGGUAAAGCCGGGAGUGACGGGAAUACCGGAAUUUCCUGGAAUAGUAAUGAAGUUUCUGAGGGUUCGAUGUUCAGCACUGGGAAGGCUUCUGGGAAUUUAGUAAACUACAAUAACUACCCUCCACAAGAGGAAAUCCCCAAUGAGAAGCCAAAAACUGAUUAUGGAGAGGACGAUGAUGAUGAUGAUGGUAUUGAAGGCCCACUAUCAAACCGUCCACUUACAGAUCUGGAGAUCGGGAUGUAUGCACUACUUGGAGUAUUCUGCUUGGCUAUCUUAGUAUUUAUGGUAAACUGCGUAUCGUACUUGGUUAAAUUCCGACACAAGCAGACGCCUGCACAAAUUUCCGAGCAGACCGGUCAUCGACAUGACUGGGUAUGGCUGGGAACGGAUGCUGAGCUGGUUAUGAAUGUCAAUGGAAGCCCGUUACAGCAAGAUGCUCACAACACAUCUGUAAUUGACAUCGGACCCAACACUGAACCCUGUGGCACUCUCACUAGAAGGACCUCAUGUCAGGUCUCUUCUGUGUCGAAUGACUCUAAUACUGGGUGCGUGGGAUCCCUCACAGCAAAGCCAGCUCGAAGUGAAUCCCUACAUUCGCCCACUAGUAAGAGGAAAAGGGUCCAGUUUACCACUUUCACAUCCUUGGAUAGACAAACGUCUCCAAAAACUUUACCGCAAGAGAACGGACAUGGUAUUAACUGGGUGGGAAAGGAGGACAACUGUAUGUCACUUGAAGUAUCACCUGAAUCUUUGCAAAAAAUCUAAUUCUGGCUCAAACGCAGCCUGAUUUAUGCACCCAUAAUGAAUAUCUUUCCAUUGGGGUGGCCAACUCUGUUCCUUAAAUAAUGGAGGUCAAUGGACAGAGUUGCCUGCCCCUGCUCUAUAUGGUCACCCGAAUGCCUUCUUUCUAAAGGAAAGUUGCUCUGUUGGACUGUCAGGAUAAACAAUGCAGCUUCAUGGAUUUGACGUGACUUUCUGAAAGAUCAAUUCUGCCUUGAUGACUGCUCUAUUUUUGUGGAUUAUUAAAAGUACCCAAAAAGGUCUCCUUGAAAUAAUUAGCCAAAUUCUUUUCAUUUUUUUGUUUGUCUUCCUUAGUGUGCUUUCACAGGGGAAUAUAAAGAGAGCCAAACACUGAGCUGACUCUCCGUAGCACUUAAAUGACUUGUAGUCAUUCGUUUGAUACUUUGCACCCUUCGAUUUUUGAAUACAAAAUGGCAUGUGAAUAUUGUACAGAUAAACGUUCUCUUCGUUGAGACAUUUCGUCAUCCUGCAUUUGUAAGUACAGUCAAAUGUUUUGUGUUCCAUUAAAUGCCACAUUAAUGUUCAGUGCUUUGUGCAAUGAUAUGAA